AUAAGGACAAACUAUGAAUGGGCCGAUGCCCAAAACGUUCCAAGUGUCUAAAGGUCCAACGGAAUGACGUGAAUCCCACCCUAUCGGGAAAUACGGAAAUACAAUCUCCUCCUUGGUUGUUUGUCCAAUCAAAGUGGUUCAAUUUGGUUAAGUCCCGCCUACGCGACAUAGACGCGGGCUUCCUGUGGUUCCUGGCUGCUGCAAACAGUUGACCGGUUUGCUUGUUUGUUGUGUCUCCUUUUUAAGAAAUAAUGAUGAAGUUCAGUGUUUGAGAAGUUUCUUUUGGGGCUUGAAUACGCCUGGUAGCGUGUUCGCACUAGUUUUUGGAGACAUAACUCGAGUGAGGCGAGAGCCGUACUCUCGGCGGUCUUCUGGAGUGUCGGACAUGGUCUUCCUCCUAAACAAGCCCAGCCCCACCUGCCUGUGACCCUGCUCCUUUCCAAAGCAUGGCGGAGAGUUUCUACAAGUUGGAAGAUGAAGCCUUUCCUAGUUUCCUCUGCAGGUCGCUGGACAGCACCGGGGGCCGCGCCACGCUGGGGAAUGUGACGCUGGGUUCGGGCCCGGGACUGCCAGUGGCUGCCUCCACGGUGGCUAAAAUUAAACCCGUCUCUGACAACAGAGAAGAUCGUGUUGAGACUUCAUACCUGGAGGCCGACUCGCAGUCAUCUGUUCAAGAACAGCCCAAGUUUGCCCUCAGCUUCAAAGAUGACAUGGACAAUGUGGAUGACUUCAUUGCAGCCCACCGGCUUUCAGACAUGCUGGUGAAGAUUAAUUUGGAUGAAAGCACAUCUCAAACCCGAGGCGCCAUGCUGGGGCUCCCUGCUGAGCAGACGGGAUCGGUCCUCGGCCGGCACACGGAACUUGGGACCGAUUUGUCUUCAGGGCUUCUGACGUUUGCUCAUUGUGGAUAUAAAGAUUUAACAGAUGCAAAGGCCCUUGGGAUUCCAUUCCCUUUUACCGGGCCGUUCACACUGGCUCAGCCCUUACCAGCCACAGCCGAGGAGGACCAUGUGCAGAGUGAUGGAGAGGACAGUGACCGUUUCAGUACCAACUCAAGCUUCCUGGUGAACGAGAAGCUCAUGUCUGUGGACAGCAUGAACAGCGACAUCACAGAUGAUGACAUUGACUCAAGCAGCUUGCCUGACGAUGAGCUUGAGCAGUAUUUCAAUAAUCUGGGGCCUCCUGCCAUGCAGAGAGGCAAAGUGGAGGGCCAAGAGAUUCCUGCAACAGGACUGGCAGCUAUAACUGACAAUAUGUCAAACCCAAGUUCUACAGAACCAGACCACUAUAGACACCAGUUUCUGGAUGACUACAAUCAGGAUGACUUCCAGAUGCCGGAUGUGCGCCUGGCUGCUACGGGGAUGGACUCGUGCCCUGCCAGCGACGAGGACACCGAGGAUGAGCUGGAGUCCAUCACAAGGAGCAGCAGUAACACCAGGACGCGGCUGCUGCCCAGCACCUCCAGACAACUGGUCGGAGAGAGUAACCGUCCCAGUUUCAGGCCGGGCUUAGAGGGCGGCAGUUCUGAUGACGAGGCUUCCAUCAGCCGCGGCGGUCCAUCUCAGUCUGGAAUCGAACACAGGCGAUCUGCUGAGGGACAAGUCAUCAACCCUCCAGUCACAGGGGACGGUGGGGAUGGGAGCAGCGGGAGCGAGGAGAGCGGAAACGACGGAGGGGUUUCAACCAUCCCCCUCCCGGCGAGCGUCGCCCAGACCACGUAUGAUGUCCUGCGUGGGCUGGGGAUCGUGGGUAGCAGUGCUGCUGGUGAGGAUGAGAACGAGAACGGUGAGCUGGAUCUGCCCGGCCAUGGGGGAGGAAGUGGCCCCUCCAGACAUACUGAGAUGGGCGACCGUGUGGGUCCUGUAGGAAUAGGAGAGGCCAGCUCUUCUUUUGUGCCAUCAAUGGGAGCUCAGAGGCUUGCCCCGGUCAACUGGAGCAUGGUCCUGGACCGACAGGAGGCACUGGAUGCCAUGGAGAGCCCUGGUGGAUCUGGACUUAAGAAACCUCAGGACUUGACAAAUCUAACUUUUUCCCACCUUCAAGGCACCCAGGGGAGCUUCCACCUCUCUCAGGUGCUAAUGCCAGAUUGCAAUGAUGAUGAUGAUGAUGAGGAUGAAGUAGAUGAGCCUGAUGGUUCCCGGCCUUCCUUGGGCCUGAGGGGCGGGCCUUGUGGUGAAUUGACCGCUGCAGAGGCCUCAGACAGCACCAGUGAGGACAGCAACCAUCCCCUGUCCACCUCACUAGAAGCCAAGUAUUUCUCCCAGAGCAUCCACCUGGACCCGGAGGAUUCCAAGGAUGGCUGGAACCACUGUCCAGAAAACCUGGAGACUGAGUUUCAACAAGGGGCCAAUGGCUCUCAUAGUGUGGUGUACCAGAAUGAAGAAGGGCAGUGGGUGACCGACCUCGCCUACUACUCCUCCUUUGAGAAGGAGGUUGAUGGGAAGACCCCGGACAAUGUUUCCCAGUUUAAGACUGAGGACUUUGUUCCUGCCAGUGACGCUAUGGAAAAGUUAGUUAAGGAUCAAGAGGAAUUUGAGAAGGAGCACCAAUUCAUGCAGGAGGAACAAAUUGAACCAGCUGCCAGCAACAGCACCUUCCACAGCGACUCUUCUUGGAAGGCCCCCACCAACGGCCACAUCCUAAUGAGGGCCUCCCAGGUCUCCUCAGAGUUUAAGCAGGGAGACCACAGCUACCUGCGACUGACUUUAGGGCAGUUUUUUGAACAGCGCUCUGAAGCCCUGGGCUGUCUCGGCAGCACCACUGAUGACGGUUGGGUCAAACGACCGUCCUUUGGCUACAUCAUCACCUCUCCAGAGAAGAGGGAGCCGUUUCCCCUCAUUCACCCCUCAGAGUUCUCGGCUAGUGACAAUUCUCCUCACAUUGACCCCAUGGAACUCAGUGAAGCAGACAAAACCCUCAACCCAGAGGAUCUGGACAAAACUCUUGAGGCACCCGGUGAAAGGCUUUCACCGAAAGGGGUUAAUGAUCCAGAACCAUGUGAACAGGAGGACCACGCUAGUAGACCUGCACUGCCUGACCACAGUGCCGCCUCCGCUUCUGAUUCGAGCCCUGGCAACCAGAGUUGCAUGUCCCCCAACAAUAACAACAACAGCAGCCUGAUGCUAAGUAUCAGCACCAUCGCCUCAGCCAUUGCGGACGCCUCCAUCAGCACCGACCCAUCGCAGCUGGCUGCCAUGAUUGUGGAGCUGACCAAGAGGAGCAGGGCGAGGAACCGGCCCGAGUCGGUUGGACCUGCCGUCAACACCACAAAGGAACCACACUCGGCUGAACAUAUUCUCCCUGAGCCAGAACAGAGCGGCAUGCUGGACACACUGCAGAGGACCACCUGUGUGGGAGAGCUGAGUGCCUUUGACAUUGAGAAAUACCUGAAAAGGGCCGACGUGUCGGGCAGCAGCGACGCCUCUAUGGCGCAGACUACCUUUGACCUCACCGGCUGGGACAACGACCUCAGCAGCUGUCACAGGAAGCCAGAGGCAGGACGUCCUGAGGAGCAUGAGACCUCAGCUCAGCAGGCAGAAAGGGUGACUCUACAGACGCCCUCAAGAGCAGACUCUGAAGACGGAGGAGGAGAAAUGACAGUGGAUGCAAGCUCCUCGGUGUCUCCAGGUCAUAAGGGUCACUCAAGAAGAAGCUCUAUUCCUCGCCCAAGUACAUCUUUCAGCUCUGCCAGAAGGUAUGUGGGUUCAGGGCAGGCCUCCACUGCCCUGCCUCCUGCAGACAAAAUGACAGCAAGCAAGAACACGUGUGCUUCCUCAGGCAGGACCCUCACCGAAAAUGGUGUAAAGCCGGGAGAUCGGAACCCACAAGCAUCCAGAAAUACUAAGUCUUACUCAGAAACAUCAGAGAAGAGCGAUAACGGAUCUGCAGUCUCAUCCGUGUUGCCAAAAACCCCACCGUGCUCAAAGAACGGUAAGGCGAGCCUGCCUUGUUUUAAAGGCUCCGCUUCCCCGCCACAGAGGGGGAGGAGUGCAGGCCAGCAAGAUAGACACAGUCAUCCUCCAGAGAAGAAACCGGCACCACCCAGGAAUAUCACGGCUGCUCUUCCACAUCGUGGCUCUCUGGAGAAACAGGUUGUCUUCUCGCCACUGGACUCGGAACUGCCGAAGGGUUUCUCUGAGCCCGGUGUGGAGGAGACGCAGUCCAACUUCAGACCGUCCACCUCCCCGCUCACUCACUCCUCUCCAAGUCAGACCUCCAUUCCCUGUGCUGAAAGUAUGGGGACCAGCGGUGGUCCUGCAAACAACCGUCCAGGUGUUGAUCUCUCUCCUGAAUCGACCUGCUCCAGUCCGAGUCUCAGCCGGCUGACUUACAUCUCAAUGAACGACGGCACUGUCCUACCUACGCCUGACAAGCCACUGACCAACUGCACCAUGGCACUGAGCACCACCAUCAUCAGAUUCAGUCCGACUCCACCCGUUGGACCAGACGCUCCGUCUGACCUUGACAUUAUCAGCCGGUCAAAAAGCCUGGACCAAGUGCAACCACAGCAUUCUAAAAGUCUGGACCCGCUACCGGCCCAGCCGGGUAAAAGCCCGGAGCCCGCGCGCGCUGCGUCCGGUCUGAGCUGCACGCGCAGCCAGAGUGAAUGUAACUACCACUGCCACGAGGACAGACCCGGGGAGCUCCACCACAAGUACCUCUCAGAGUCAAACGCCAGGCAGCUCACUAAAGUGGACUCUGGUUACUGCAGUAACGUGAACAUCCAGCAGAGCUCGCAGCAGUGGGGAACGGCUGGCUCGGCGUCCUCAUCGGUGUAUGCUGGCGGGCUCGGCAUGCCUCCGCCCUACUCGUCAGAAGGACUUCACUAUGUGCCCAUCCCCAGCUUUAAGCCCCAAUGUCCAAGGAUUGACCUUCCCCACCAAGCAGAUAUGCAGUCCCUCCUCGCCGGACGCCCCUACUUCAACUCCCAGCUGGCUCAGCAGUAUUUGGGACCAGAAAGUCCAUUACAUUCUGGUGGCUACCAUGUGGGAGCAACAGGAAAUGCACCCUUCAGUGUAGCCUCCACAGGCAUACCUAACAGUGACCCCACGGGGAGACAUGUCCAUCCCGCAUCAGGUCAGCUGGCUUUAACCGGGUCUGCUGGGUCCCAUCACCUCCCCAGACCCCAUCAGGGCCAGCAGGACUUAAACAUGAUGGGGAAACCUUACAGUCAAUAUGGUGCAGAGCCGCUGGUGGCAGGUGGCCUUGAGGAGCUGAGAGGCCAAGUGGUGGUGCCAGAGGAGCUGCGGUUCCCCCACGCCUGCUGUGUUGGCAUCGCCUCACAGACCUCGCUCAGUCUCUUCAACCCCUCCGAGAGAUGGCAGCAGGUGUCUAUCACAGUCACCAGCCUGGCCAUCGAUGGAGAGAAGGUGGACAGCCUGCCGUACCAGUGGCUUAUCGUGAAGAACAAGACGAUCAUUGCCCCCAAGAGUACAGAGGAGCAGAAGGUGUUGUUCAUCCCCCCACAGGCUGGCGUGUACCAGUGUGUCUUCAGCGUUUGCUCCUGGCCGGCGUCGGCAGAGACGGAGGUCGCUGCCAGGGCCAACAUAUUCGCUAAAAGGGUGGUGCUGUUUGCAAUAGCAGAGAAUCCUGCACUAGAGGUAGAAUCUGACUGUUUGGAUUUUGGAGACCUUCCUGGAGGCAGCGCCAAAUCCCUUCCUCUCAAACUGCUGAGCAGGACUCGUGCCACGGUGCCCAUCCGGCUGGUCAUCAGCGCUAACGCCACAGCUUGGGGAUGCUUCACCUUCUCCACGCAGCCUGUUUCCAUAACAUCCGAGGCGGCGCUGCAGGCUGGACACAUGACGCCCGUGUCCUCUCCAUCGGUGGUGAAUCACGUGAUGCAUGCCAGCUACGGAGAGAAUCCCCAAGGCUUCAUGGUCUGGGUUCACUUCAAUGCACCUCAGAAGUACAUUGUUUCUUCAGGGGAGCUUGGUCCAGCUGACGAGUACAGUGCUCGGGUGGACAUUGAAGUAGACUCUCCUGGUCCUAGUCAUGUGAUCAGGAGUAUUCCCCUCAGAGCCAGGUCUGGAACGGCAAGGGUCCAUGCUCCUAAAGACCUGCAGACUGUCAGCCUGUCUGCUCCAGCGGGUAAAUCCAGUCAACAGACUCUGCCAUUAAAGAAUGCAGGAAACAUUGACGUGCAGCUAAAGCUCAAGGGCAGUGAUGCUGAAGACAGUUUCUCUGUGACGCCUGAUGAACUGUCUCUGCGGGUGGGACAGGAGCAAAGCAUCGUGGUGUCCUUCAAAGCACACGGCAGCAGGAAGUGUCGAGAAAGCCUUCUCACCAUCUUAGUGCUGCCUUCGGGUCCUCAGUAUGAGGUAACCCUGAGAGGAGAAGUGGUCCCUGAGGACUCUGGGAAACCUGGCGGUCCACUUGCUGCUGUCUUUGGUCCCGGCCUGGCCAGUGACGUUCCACCAAUCCUCUCCAACAAGCAGUUUGUGGCCUGGGGAGGGGUCACCCUGGGACGGGCUGUCCAACAGAAGCUGGUUCUACGGAACAACUCGACCACCGCCACACAGCAGCUGCGGCUGCUGAUUCGUGGUCAAGACCAGGAUUGUUUUCAGCUGCAGAGCAUGUUCAGUGUUGAAGAGCGUCUGACCCGACACGGAGAGCUGUCCAUUCGUCCCAGAGAGGACGUCGCCGUCCACCUGCUCUUUGCGCCCACCAGGGUGGCGUGCAUGCUGGCCAAGCUGGAGAUCAAACAGUCUGGAGUGCGGCCCUCUCAGCCCGGGGUCAAAUUCACGAUUCCACUGUCAGGCUACGGCGGGACUAGCAACAUCAUCCUGGAGGACCAGAGGAAACAGGCGGACGGCUACGUGGCGACGCUGAGCGACGUCGCCAUUGGCCAUGUCAGCAAAGCGUGCCUGUGUGUGAGGAACACGGGCUCCAGAGCAGCGUACAUCAAAGCCGUGGCCUUCUCCAACCUACAGAGCCGAUCGGUCAUGGAGCCCUCUGUCAUCAGCCUGGCCCCGUCUCAGUUUGUACUGAAGGAAAGAACACAAGAGGUGAUCACUGUGCUAAUGAAGUCCACCCACAGAGAACAGACCCUGUGUCAGUCGGCCGACGCCCUGCUGGCUACUGUCUAUCUGUUUUGUGGGGAUGAGGUCUCCAGGCAGCAGUAUAGAAGAUUGCUUCAGAUCAAACCAGAGGCUGUGCGGAAGGCUCUGUCUGAAAACAGUCUGCUGAAAAACAUCAACUUCAAUGAGACGUUCCUGGAAGAGGAAAACAUGACGGAGGGCUACGACCUGCCCCAGCGGCCCAAUGAAGCUCACCUUUUUUACGGGAAUAUGAGCAAGGUGGUGGUGUCUCUGAUGGGAAGCAGUGAGCAGAAUGACCUCACUGAGCUGCUGCCCUCUUCUAGACUCCAGUCAGCGGCACACGGCAACUUGACAAACAACAAUGUGUCUCUGGACGUGCUGCCGGUCAAAGGUCCCCAAGGUCCAGCACUGAGAGCGGCGGAGCCCUCCUUAAAGGCUGCAGAGACAUUACACAAGCGGUCUGAGUCCUGGACCAUCCACCCAGAACAACUUGUCCUCGCAGCUCCCACCAUCAACGGCACAGCCACAACCAGUCAGGUUCAGAUCCGGAACAACACGUCCAGAGAGCUAUGCUUUGAUUUGUCCUGGCCCGCUCACUGCCUCACCAUCACCCCUCAGCAUGGCCUCAUCGAGCCCCAGUGCCACCUGCAGAUUCUGAUCAGCCCCAACCCGUCACUGGCAACUAAAUCCACCCUGCUGCCAUGGAGAGGACAGAUAUAUGUCCAGUGUGACAGUCAACAGAAGUUGAUUAAGGUCCAGAUUCGUGGGGACCUGGCCUUGGAUGUGUCUGCAGCCCCAGCAGACAGCACGCUGUCAGCCCUGGCCCCUCAGGCUGCCACCCCAGUGCUGCCUGUGGCCCGGCUCGCUGCCAGGCCCUCGCAGCCGCCACAGACCCCACUGGCACCUCAUGCCCUGGUGGAGAUCGCCAACAAGACCAUCAUGUUUCCCACCACGCCCUCAGGGGAAACCUCAGAGGCCCAUCUGGAGGUCCAGAAUGGGGACAGUGAAGUGAGGUGGUACCUGUCAUCAUUUGCUCCGCCAUAUGUCAAGGGUGUUGACAGCACUGGAGACGUCUACCGGGCCACUUACACCGCCUUCAGAUGCUGCAGGAUCUCAGGCACCCUGGGACCCGAUGAGAAGAUGCAGGUGCCUUUCACGUUUCUGCCCCGGGACAGAGGGGACUAUGCCCAGUUCUGGGACCUGGAGUGUCACCCUGUGUCUCAGCCCCAGCAGAAAGAGCGGAUCCGCUUCCAGCUCUGUGGCACUGGAGUGAAGUAUGGACCAGUGGAAGGACCACAGGAAGGAGACUGCUCCCUGGUGAAGACCGAGGCGACAGUCAAGACCAGAAAGAGAGCCGACCCCUCGCUGGGCAAGACCAGUCAGGAGGAGACUGCCGUGCGGAGGGGGGUGUACGCCCCGCAGGACCUGUACACCUUCCCAGCCACGCAGACGGGUCAAUCCAGCACCCUGAAGGUCAACAUCCGCAACAACUCGCCCGACACACAUGAGCUGAAAUUUGUAAACCCUGCGGAGCCCUUCCACAUCAAGCAUUCCAAAUAUUCCCUGAGGUCACAGCACUACCUGAAGCUCCCCGUCCAGUUCAAGCCUGGUACAGCAGGCAGACACACUGGCCUGCUGCUCGUCCAGUCAGAAACAAGUGGAACUCUGGUUAUCCAGCUGGCCGCUGAGGCAUUGCCUUGAGCCCCCCCCCCUCCCCCCAUCGUGUUCAUAACAGCAGGGACAAGAGGAAUUGCUGUGGAUCAAAUAAAGCCUCAAAUCCGUUCGUCUCGUCUGUAGAUCUGUUGAGUGGCUGAUGGACUGAAGAUGACCAACCCAGCUGCACCUGGAGGUGACCCAGGUGGCCUUUGCAAACUAAAAACACACUUAGUGUGCACCGCCGUGACGUUUCUCGGAGCAAAGGAUUUCUAUCUUUUUAGUCCAGAUAUGGUUUCGACAUUUUAGAACCUUUCCCUAGUCUUCAGCUCCAGUGUGGUUUCCAUGGUAAUGGCUCCUCAUCUUGUCGAGGCCCCCUGCACAGUGGCCCUUUGUUGGCGGCGCCACGUGAUGACUUCCCUCCACCUCCGGGGCCAGCGGUCCAGAUGUGCCCCGUUUUUGUCUGGAUCUGUGCGGCUACGUCGGGAUGGUUAAUGAUUGUUAUUACAGGCUAAAAGAGUCUCCCUCUGGUGGGCUUUUGUUCGGCAGCUCACCAGGCCCGCUCAGUGUGGUUACCAUGGCAGAGCGCCGUUAAUCACCGUUCCAUCCACACUAAAUUACCCCCUUGCUUCCUCUUUUGGCUCUGGGGCAAAUGGCCAAAAUUGCUUGGGGUAGGUGGGGUGGUAUUGGAUCCACAUCCAUAAUUAGUUUUAGAACAGUAAUAACAUUGGGGGGAUGCAGUAAACUUCAUCAAGGAUGUGUUGUUAACCUGUUAGGGGCCAAAACGUCGGACGUGGAAAAACACUAGUGGAGCCGGUUGUGAUAUGUGGUGUCAACCUGACAACUUGGAUAACAAAUUUGCACAUUGCUUUGAAUAGGAUAUAAUGUAAUAUAUUGUACACAUUUAAAUAAAGUUUUGUGAUAAAUCAA